GGGCUCCAGCCUGCUAUUUUCCUAUAUCUAUAGCAGUGAAGUUUCCCUGCAAAUCCACGCACACUUCUUAAAGGAAUAUCACCACUGCUGGGAUAAAGAACAGGCGAAGGGCAGCAUCCAUUUUCUAUAGGGCACAUAACAUAUCUGAUUGGGUGCUGCUGGGAAGGAAAAAGUGAGCAACCAUGUAUAUGAAGGACUGAAAGGGAGACAAGGUUGUGCUUGUGUGAGGCUUUCAGAUUAGCUGCAUUUGCUCUUUCAACUAACCCUCUUCAACCAACCGUUGGUUAACCCAUCAAGUUGUCUUCUUUUUUCCCCUCCCCUGGUGUAUGAAAAAAGUGUUAGCAACCUUUCUUUCUUUAAUUCCAUCUGUUGCAAGAGUCAUGCCAAGGAAGACUUAUGAGUGAUGUUAAAGACAUACUCUUGAAUGGAUGACAUCCUCACAAAACAAGCUGCAAAGUUUUGAUUGGUGUAAAGCUUUUGGAAAACCUGAGAUAAGAAAAAAAAGCAGCAAGAUUGUCUACCAUGCAAAAAGUCCCAAAACACUGAACGUUAUUGUUAGCCAUCCAAAAGUGUCAGCAAGCAUGAAGUCCUGUAAAUGUAGUGAAUGCGGGAAGAGCUUUAAAGUGAAAACGGCUCUGAUGAAACACUUGAAGAUCCAUAAAAAGGAGAGACCUUCUAAAUGCUUGACUUGUGGGAAGAAUUUCAGUAAGAAAUCAAGCCUUAUGAUACAUCAGCGAUCCCACAAUGAAGGAAAGUCCUUCAAGUGUAAUGAAUGUGAGAAAAUGUUUGGCCAAAGAUCAAACCUUCUAGUCCACAGUAAGACCCACAUACCAAAGAAAUCAAGUAAUAGCAAGAACAUCAGUUGUGUCUCAAAGCAUCCAAAACAUGAUAAUUUUGAAGACAAGAAACCCUACAGAUGUAUGAAGUGCAAUAAGACAUUUGUUUUACAUAAAAAUCUCAUUAAGCAUCAGGAAAUCCAUGCCACAGAGAUAUCGCUCAGUCCUGAAACAGCAUGCCGUAAUGCAGAGCAAAGCAGGAGAGCAGAGGAGAAGGUGCCGGAUCAUUCAGGGUUAAUGCUAGAAGAAUUGAGGAAGAUGAGGGAGAAUGUUGACAUGCUUCUCCUCAACCAGCAGAGUCAACUCCAGGUUCUACAAGAAAUUCAGAAGCAGCUUGGUGUCCUUCUGCUUGGCAACGAUCUCAUGAAUUCAAAUGUGUAUCGCCUGGGCCUUUUCUUAGGCCAGCAGACUGCAGCAAUGGGGUCCACUUCUUUUCCUCUCCUCAAUCUGAGCAACCUUCUUCCAGAUAGUGCACAUCCUUUCUCCUCUCAAAUGUGAUGGGGCUCUGCCAUUGCCCCCUCCCCCAUGCAUCUCUAACAUAUUGGCCAUAUCCCCUUUUUGUUCAUGCAGAUGACUUUAACUGUAUGUCUGCAACAACCCAACCCAAGUAUCUUUUCUAAAUGAGAGGGGCAGUUGACUUCCUUGGGCUUUGAGUGCUGUAUUUGCCACAUGUAUAGUACAAUGUGUGUCUGCCAAUAAUAUGUCACAUGGCUAUGCAAUUUGAAUUAGACUUGGCUUGCUGGAGCAAUGUCCUCCUAUUUUGUUUGAUGGUUUAACCUGUUUAGAAAUAUGCUUUCUUAAAUUUGAAAUCCUUCUAUACUGUUGGGAAAUGAAGCCCAGAGUCAAUUUAUUUUUAAAAACCAGUGUUUAGAUUGGGGCAUGCUAAAUCAACGAGUGGCCUUACUGAAUAGCACAGAAGGCAGAAUGGCUGCAGAGAUGGUACAGCAUCACAGUGGGACACUAUGGGUGGCAUUCAGUGCUAGUCCUACUUAGAGUGGACUCACUGAAGUUAAUAGACAUGAGUAACUUGGGUUCAUUAAUUUCAGUGGGUCUACUGAGUAGGACAUAGUAGCAUCCAACCCUAUGAUAAGAAAUGGCUGAAAGUAACAUGGUAUCUUGGCUGUAAAUUUUGCUCCAUGCUUAAUAUGCCUGUGCCAAUGAGUAUUCCAAAUGGACUUCCCUGUCCCAAGGCAAUAUACUAAAACACAUUUUAUGACUCUUCCCUUCCUCCUCACUUAAAUGUAUGGACUGAAAAGUAUGCAGCUUUAUUAAGUGCCCCAAAUGUUGUGCCUCCAGUCUUCAUUCCUAGAAAAACAACUUGAGUCUACCCCAUCUCCAUUUGGCAGUAGUAUUGAUGAGAUUAAAGAAGGCUCCACACAAACCAUUUUGUUAUCCUAAAACUCCUUGAGAAUAUGGUAACACAGCAUAUCGACACUACAGUAAAAGCUCCUAUGGGAAUCGUGCUGGUUUUUCAGUCUCAUUACAAGUCAGGGGCAAGGUCCUGAUCAUUCUCCCUUCUUGUCCCCAAAGCCUCUGUCUGACCCACAGGUUCUUCUAUAAACUCUAUUGUCCUGUGACUUAAAUUUUAACAUUUUUACUGAAAUCAGUAUUGAAGUGUGAGAGCACUGAAUAAAGAUAGUCUGGCA